CCUGGGGGCUGCUUGGUGACGUCAGGGCUGAGCUAGGGGGUGCCGCCUUCUGGCUACCCGCCCCUCCCAGGACUUGCGGCCCCCGCCUGCCCUUUAAAAGAGCGCGGCCUGCGCCAAACGCGCCACAGCGCGGAGACCAGGACGCACAGUUGGUUUCCCGAGACAUCUUCAUCUCGCCUUCUUUCUGCACCUCGCCUCCCUGGUCCAGCCUCAUCCUCUUUCCACGUAGGUUUGGGCGAGUGAGGCUAUGCAGCCGGUGGUGCUUCUCAGCAUCCUGGGAGCCGCGGUGCUGGCCGCUGUCAGCUCUGUGCCAGUGGAUAACAGGAACCAUAAUGAAGAGAUGGUGACUCGCUGCAUCAUUGAAGUCCUCUCAAACGCCCUAUCGAAGUCCAACAUUCCAUCUAUCACCCCUGAGUGCCGGCAAAUCCUAAAGAAGAGUGGAAAAGAGGCCCAAGAUGAAGAGAAAAGUGAAAAUGAAAACACAAAGUUUGAAGUAAGAUUGUUAAGAGACCCAGUGGACACCUUGGAAGCCCACAAGCCCUCUACUGGGCAGGAAGCUGGAGUCCCAGGGGAAAAGGACCCUCAAGGUCCUACAAGGGCAAACACAGAGAAGUGGGCAGAAGAAGGUGGGCACAGCAGAGAGGGAGCAGAGGAACCCCAGGGGAGCCUCCACCCCUCCAACAGCCAAGUCCCCAGAGAAGUAAAGGCAUACCAUUCUGAGAAGAGCCAGGGAGAGGACAGAGAGGAAAAAGAGGAAGAGAAAUAUCAGAAAGGGGAGCGUGGCGAAGAGGCCAGUGAAGGGAAACCACUUGAAGAGCCAGAAGAGAUACAGAAUACUUUUCUCAACAAAAGAAACCAGGCUACCACUAAGAAAAAAGAGGAAUUAGUGACCAAAUCAGCUACAUUCCCUACUGGGCACUCUGAGGAGAAGACACACAGCAGGGAGAAGAGCAGCCAGGAGAGUGGAGAGGAGAUGGGGAGCCAGGAGAAACACCCUCAGGAGUCUAAACCCCAGAGUGAGGAGGAAUCUGAGGAGAGUGAGGAGGACACUACUUCUGAGGUGACCAAACGACGCAUGAGACCCAGGCACCACCACGGGAGGAGCAGGCCUGAUCGGUCCUCUCAGGAAGGGAAUCCUCCCUCUGAGGAAAGGGGACACGCCUUCGAAGAAUCUGAGGAGGCAAAGGUUGGGGAGAAGAGGGACCACCAUUCAACCCACUACAGGACUUCAGAGGAAGAACCCGAAUAUGGGGGAGAAGUGGGGAAUUAUCCAGGUGUCCAGUCUCCCGAGGACCUGGAGCGGGGACAGUAUGGGGGCAGAGGAAGUGAGGAGUACAGAGCUCCAAGGCCUCAUAGUGAGGAGCUCCAGGAGGAGGCGGACAAGAGAAACCCCCUCAGCUCAGAGCUUGAAAACAUGGCGCACGGUUAUAGUAAGGAAAGUGAGGUAGAGAGGGGCCAUGAGAGGGGGAUGGGGCACCAUCCCAGAGGCAGAGGAAGGGAACCAGGUGCCUAUUCUACUCCUGACAUCAGAGAAGAGAAAAGGUUCUUGGGAGAAACCUAUCACCAUGUUCAAGAAAGCCAGAUGGAUAAGGCCAAGAGACAUCCGCAAGGUGAGUGGCAGGAGCAGGACAGAACCUACCUCAACUAUGAUGAGGAAGGACCCCAAGGGAAGUGGCAGCAGCAGGAGGACCCCAGGGACCUUAAAGAGAACAAGGAGGAAGCUAGGCUGCAAGACAAACCAUACGCUUCCCGUCACACCACUGAAAAGAGGAAGAGAUUAGGGGUGCUGUUCAACCCGUACUACGACCCUCUCCAGUGGAAGAGCAGCCGUUUUGAGAGAAAAGACAACGCAGAUGACAGUUUCCUUGAGGGCGAAGAGGAAAACGGGCUGACCUUGGGUGAGAAGAAUUUCUUCCCAGAAUACAGCUAUGAUUGGUGGGAGAAAAAGCCCUUCUCAGACGACGUGAACUGGGGAUAUGAGAAGAGAAGCUUCGCCAGGGCCCCCAAGCUGGACCUGAAAAGGCAGUAUGACCGAGUGGCUGAGCUGGAUCAGCUCCUUCACUACAGGAAGAAGUCAGCUGAAUUUCCCGACUUCUACGACUCUGAGGAACAGAUGGGCCCACGCCACCAGGCAGAAAGUGAAAAGGAGACAGCCGACCAGAGAGUUCUGACCGAGGAAGAGGAAAAAGAACUUGAAAACUUGGCUGCAAUGGAUUUGGAACUACAGAAAAUAGCGGAAAAGUUCAGUCAAAGGGGCUGAUGGUUAUUGGAGCAACGGGCAGUUUUAAGAAGCAGUUCUCACAUCAUCUAUUUUCCACUUCACUAAAAGACACCAUUUAUUUAUCCAAAGGCAGAAAGUAGAAUUGACUACUCAUUAAAUGUUUGACACAAUUGAAAAUGUUGUUAAUUUUUGCCAGAAUGCUAUUGAAAAUAUGAAUAGCAUGACUUGUCGCAUAUUCUUUCUUGCAAAAUAGAUAUAUUAACAUGCUUGUGACAAUGACUGAGCUACUGUCUUUGAAAAUGUGUUUGUCUCAAUUUGAAAUAAUAAAAGAUUCACUGGAGA